AACAGUCAACGUGGAGUAUUGCCGAGAUCAGAAUUGACAAACUCAGUCGAGUUCUGAAUGGAUCAUCAUCGUGAUCAGAAUAGCGAAACGGCGUCGUCGGAGCCGGCGGCCAUAGAGCACAGGGCCUACGCCAGGGUGGGUCUGCUCGGCAACCCCAGCGAUGUCUACUAUGGCUGUACGAUCUCUUUCAGCCUCGGCAACUUCUGGGCCUCCGUCCGAUUACACCCCUCCGAUGACCUCGUCAUCCAGCCCCACCCCACCCACGACCUCGUCGUCUUCAGAUCUCUCCCCCACCUGGUGAAUCGGCUAGACAAUGAGGGUUAUUAUGGCGGUGUUCGAUUACUGAUGGCAAUUUGCAAAGUGUUUUUUGAUUAUUGCAAGGAAAAAGAGAUCCAUCUGGACUCGAGAAACUUCACUCUUUCAUAUGAUACUAAUAUCCCUCGCCAGAUGGGACUAUCGGGGUCUAGUGCUAUUGUGUGUGCAGCCCUUAGCUGCCUUCUUGACUUCUACAAGGUUAGGCAUUUGAUCAAAGUGGAGGUCAGGCCUGGCAUUGUCCUCGGCGCGGAGAAACAGCUCGGCAUUGUUGCUGGUCUUCAAGAUCGGGUUGCACAGGUUUAUGGAGGCCUUGUUUACAUGGAAUUUGAUAAGGAACACAUGGAUACUUUGGGGCAUGGCAUUUACACACCCAUGGAUGUUUGUCUUCUGCCGCCUCUAUAUCUCAUAUAUGCCGAGAAUCCAAGCGAUUCUGGGAAGGUACACAGUACAGUUCGCCAAAGGUGGCUCAAUGGCGAUGAGUUUAUAAUAUCAUCAAUGAAAGAGGUAGCAGAUAUUGCACAAGAAGGAAGGAAAGCCUUACUCGAAAAGGACUACACUAAACUAGCAGCUCUCAUGAACUCUAAUUUUGAUCUUAGAAGACGCAUGUUUGGAGAUGACGCUCUUGGUGCUUUAAACAUAGAAAUGGUAGAGGUCGCCCGAAGGGUGGGUGCAGCCUCGAAAUUCACAGGUAGUGGAGGAGCUGUGGUUGUAUUUUGCCCUGAUGGUUCUUCACAAGUGAAGCUAUUAGAGGAUGCAUGUCUAAGUGCUGGUUUUAAAUUAGAACCAAUUAAAGUUAUUCCCUCCCUUCUAAAUGAGGUUGAUCUUCAAACCCUGUCAAAAUAAGUAUUUGCGGUCUUCCCCCAUUGCUUGUAUUGGUAAAGUAAAACGUUCAGUUUGUUGAUUCAUAUUUAUUAAUAAAAGGAAGGAUUUCAAUUUGGUUUA